AGAACUCUCACGUCAACGGUUUAUCUUUGCAUUGGGCAGGGUUUUUUUACUGGACGCAUCGUGCUUUCAGCCACACUGGCAUCCUGAUGCGAUUUCAUCGAUAGCCAAACACGACACACCUUUCUGCGGACUGAAUCUCUCCAUACGCUUCUCCGUUACGAGCGCACGCAGCACCUCCCCCCACACACUUUUGGGCACCAGAGCUUCUCUUUGCCCUCUCGCUUCGUUUCUUUCUGUACGUUCACGAUCUGUUCUUCGUGGGCACCGGCGAUGGGGAUUCUCGGAUUGUCAAAGCUGCUCUACGAGAAGGCGCCCAAUGCCAUCAAGGAGCAGGAGCUGAAAAACUUCUUUGGUCGCCGGGUGGCGAUUGACGCGUCCAUGAGCAUCUACCAGUUUAUUAUCGCUAUGAAAGGCUUCCAAGACGGACAAGGGAUGGAGCUGACAAACGAACAAGGCGAGGUGACGUCGCACCUCAACGGCUUGUUUGCGCGGACGCUCCGCAUGAUUGACGAGGGCAUAAAGCCCAUUUACGUCUUCGACGGCAAGCCACCCCAGCUGAAGGCCGAGGAGCUGGAGACGCGCCGGCAGAAGGCGGCAGAGGCGGAGAAGGAGUUUGAGAAGGCGAAGGAUGCUGGCGAUGACGAGAUGAUGGAAAAGAUGAGCAAGCGAACCGUCCGCGUGAGUCGGGAGCAGAUUGAAGAGUGCAAGAGGCUGCUGCUGCUGAUGGGUGUGCCGGUGGUUCAGGCCCCGUCGGAAGCGGAGGCGCAGUGCGCGGAGCUUGUGAAGAAGGGCAAGGCGUGGGGCGUGGGCACAGAGGACAUGGAUGCCUUGACGUUUGGCUCGACUAUCAUGCUCCGGCACCUGAACAUUAGUGAGGCCAAAAAGCGCCCCAUUGCGGAGAUCCACCUUGACGACGUCCUGCAGACCACCGGGUUUUCCAUGAACCAGUUCAUUGACCUCUGCAUCCUUCUGGGCUGCGACUACGUGCCUAAGGUGCCGGGAAUCGGCCCGCAGAAGGCGUGGGAGGGAAUUCAGCGCUACGGCUCUAUCGACGCUUUUCUCGAGUCCCUCGACACCACCAAGCACACCAUCCCCCCUGACUUCUACUACAAGGAGGCGAGGGCCUUUUUCCAAAACCCCGAAGUGACGCCGGCGGAGGAGGUGGACAUUCAGUUCACGGAGCCAGACGAAGAGGGACUCGUUCAGUUUCUUGUGAAGGAGAAACUUUUCAACCCGGAACGCGUUCGCAAAGGUGUUGCCCGCCUCCGUGCCGCGCUCACAAAGAAGACGCAGGGCCGGCUAGAUAGCUUCUUCACCAUCACUAGGGCCGCGCCGGCAGCCAAGGAACGCACCCCGCUCGCGGGGACGAAGCGUCCACGCGACGGUAAAACCGUGCAUGUUUCCGGUACCCUGCAGAAGUCAACGAGCGGUCACAAAAAGGCAGUGAGGAAGUGA